AUUGACAGACUCUCAGUGGUAAACUAAACACGCUCCCCCGGUGUGUUUCCGCACAUUUUCGCUCCUUAUCCCCCCCCUCCCCCCCGCCCCUUGGAAAAAAGUCAUUUCGGCGCAGCACUCCACGCUCUCGCCCCGCGUCGCGUCGGACAUGCCGUUCCGCUCGGCGCCGCAAAGCCGACCGGCGAGAUGAUAACGACGACUACCAGGACGACUACCAGGACGAUGCUGCUGCUGAUGCCGACGAUGGUGGGGCCGUGGCGGGGCGGAUCGGAGCGGGACCACCCCUACCAGUACCAACACCACCAUCCCGGCUCCUCGGCUGCGGCGGCGCUGCUCUUCCUUGCCGCCGUGCUGGCCGCCGAGACCCGCGUCGCCCUCGCCAAGGAUACGGCCUAUGUGGAGGUGGUCCUGUUUGAGUCAAGCGCCAACGGGGAUUACACCACGUACACGACGGGCUUGCAGGGACGCUUUUCCAAGGCUGGAGCCACCAUCAGCGCCGAGGGGGAGAUCGUCCAAAUGCAUCCUUGGGGAUUGUGUAACAACAACGACGAGGAGGACCUGUACGAGUACGGCUGGGUGGGCGUGGUGAAGCUGGAGCAACCAGAGCUGGACCCCAGUUGUCUCACCGUGCUGGGAAAGGCCAAGCGAGCAGUACAGCGAGGCGCUACCGCCGUCAUCUUUGAUGUGUCAGAAAACCCGGAUGCCAUCGACCAGCUCAACCAGGUGGCGGACGACCCCCUCAAACGUCCCGUGGUCUACGUGAAGGGCAACGACGCCGUCAAGCUGAUGAACAUCGUCAACAAGCAGAAAGUGGCGCGCGCCAGGAUACAACACCGACCGCCCAGGCAGCCCACCGAGUACUUUGACAUGGGCAUCUUCCUGGCCUUCUUCGUGGUGGUGUCGCUCGUCUGCCUCAUCCUGCUUGUCAAGAUCAAGCUCAAGCAGAGGAGGAGUCAGAGCUCCAUGAACAGGAUGGCCAGCCAGGCACUCGACAAAAUGGAGACACGCAAGUUUAAGGCCAAAGGCGGCAAAGUGGCACGUGAGAGCAGCUGCGGGGCGUCCGACUCGCUUAGCAGCAGCUCCACGUCCGACUGCGCCAUCUGCCUGGAGAAGUACAUCGACGGAGAGGAGUUGCGGGUCAUCCCUUGUGCGCAUCGCUUCCACAAGAAAUGUGUGGACCCCUGGUUGCUCCAGCAUCACACCUGUCCCCACUGCAGACACAACAUCAUCGAGCAAAAGAAGGGAAAUGCAGGCCCCGCUUGCAUGGAGUCCGGCAACCCGCUUCACGGGCGGCAGCAGAGGGUGGUGCUGCCGGUCCACUACCCCGGCAGAGUGCACCGAGCCGGCCAGGUGACGGCAUACCCCACCCGAACCAGCGUGGACCUUCACGGCAACGCCAUCACCGUGCUCACGGUGGACCAGCACGCCGACCCUCCGGGCCUGUACCCGCCCCGAGCCGCCUCGUCCUUUCUGCGGAGCUACCACCCUGCCGCCUUGCACUUGGACCACUCCCUCAACCCUCAUCGCUGCGGCCUGGAGCAGCACGGACCCCCCGCCUACCAAGCGCCGCCGCCGCCGCCUUCCCAGCAGCCUGCUUUGAAACGCCCCAAAUUCCACGGCCGCAACUUCUCGCGGGCGGCCUGUUUCUCCCAGUACGAAACCAUGUACCAGCACUACUACUUCCAGGGCUUGACUUUCCCCCAGCAGCCUCCCGAGGGGGGUCAAGGCCACAAGAGGGCCUUCCAGCAGGGGCUUUUGUACCCUGCCGUGGUCCACAUGGCUCCGGCGUCCUCCAGGGUGGCCGACGCUUCCAGCCUGAGCUGCUACCACGGCCACCGCUCGGCGUGCAGCGGCUAUCUGGCCGACUGCCCCGGGAGCGACAGUAGCAGCGGCGGCUCGGGCCCGUGCCACUGUUCCUCCAGCGACUCCAUGUUGGACUGCACCGAAGUCAGCAACCAGGGAGUGUACGGGAGCUGCUCCACCUUCCGGAGCUCGUUAAGCAGCGACUACGAUCCCUACGUCUACCGGAGCAAGAGCCCCUGUCGGGGGGAGGCGGGGACCGCGCCGUGCCCCUCCGCCCCUGAGGAAUCGACGCCAUCAUCCGUGGGACCCUCGGUACGCGAUUGCCUCCAGCUUCCCUACAACUCCGGGGACCGGCUGGCCAACUGCAGCUUGGAGCCCAACCGCAGCGGUCGCUCAUCACUGGAACCCGAGGAGACCAUCGUCCCUGAACCCCCCGCCGCGGACGUCGGGGCCCAGGUGAGCGAGCUCGGGGCAGGAACUGCGGCGGGGUGCACCUGCUGCUUCGAGGCGCUUCCCCAGAAGGCAGACUCCAAGGCCCGAGACUCGGAGCAGACGUCCGGACCUUCGAGACCCUCCGGGAACUUCUCGCGCCCUUCUUCGGAAGGACCUCCUCGCUGUUUCUACAAGGAGAUGAAGGUCCAUAGGGGACACUAUACGGAGGACUACGCCGUCAACGUGCAGUACGCCGAGUCGGAAGCCCAACCGGCACAGGGCUGUUGCGAACUCAGCCAGCGAAUACCCAUUAUCCCCGAGGACAGUGACUGUGAAAGCAGCCUUUUGCCCGACUCCGGCGCCACGUGGUCGGAAGCGCAUAAGGACGACUUCUACACCCGAGGUGGCUCGUACCCUCAGAGCGAGGAGACCAGGGCUUUGUUUCCGCCGCAGCUCUCUGAAAACACUCCUGGCCGAAGUACUGAGGGCUGAAUUGUGUUUGGUACUGUCCGGUCGGUUGAAACCUCCAGUCGCCUUGCUUUCUGGUGAAUGCGGCUGCGUAAACAACCUGGGGGUGUCUGCCCAAAUGCUGGUUUCUGGUGAAUGUCGUCGUGUAGGAACGUGGAUCUUUCUACCGAAAUGUUCGUGAACGUGUCCGAGCGGCCAUCCAGGGCUGGACAUCUGCAUCUUACACUGCCUUCCGAGCUUCGAGCCAGUUUGUACGGUCGUAGCGAUACCAAAACAAGCAAGAUGUGAUUGUGUUGUUGCCACCGGAGCUGGCCACCACGUCAACCACGUGGAGGAAAAAUACAUGUCGUGUGCUAUUUUUAACACUUGAAACUGGUUAAAAUGAGAAAAUAUUCAAUCACAAUGGAAUUGACCAUUUGUACCAAUUUGGGGUUGCUAAGUGAAAGAGGUUUUGUGGUCUGAAUCUUUAAAACGUUACCGCGUUUACAUGAAUUUUGGAGACUUAAAACCCAAACCCGCAGAAAGUCAGUCAGAAUCCUUCCACGAUGUUUCCGAAAGCCCUUUGAGCAUUUGUUCGAUAUUCAGCACAAGGUCCGUGCGCUCGUAUGCUCUUUGUCCUCACUAGCACGACAAGUCAGCGCGACAGAAACGGGCCGCUAGCUCGCGAGCUAGCGUGCGACUGGCGGCCAGCAGACUUAUUUUUUUGCUGGUUUUCUCAUUUCGACAUUGUUUUGUCUUCAACGCAAAGAAAAUGUUUCCAAUCGUCAUUCGAACACGUCCUACUCGUGCGCUAAAAGGCAUUUUCUUUCUGGUGAGGACAAACGCGAGCAUGGCUCUGGAGUCCGUGCUCAAAGGGUUUUGGCCAUGAGCGGGCUUGCGCCAAAAGGCCAAAGCAAAAAAUCCGACGUCAAAAGGCUUCCUUGUUGUACUUUGACGAGUUGGAGCAAAAAGAAAACAAUGCAUUUGAAAUACGAUACACGUUCAUGCCUUUCUGUUUGUCCUGCAGACUGCUUUCCAUACUGUUUCUAUGAAAUACACGCACGCACGCACGCGCAGAGGACAGGCGUCCCCAAAAGUUGCCUUUUUGCAUCGCAAACCUGCAUGCUGGCGGAACACAUUUGUUGCUGUUGUCUUUUGGGGGUACAUGAGUCACUAUUUAAUGUGUUUUUUUUUUUUUUCAUGUUUGUAGCACUUAAAAAGAUGAAAUUGUGUACAAAUGAAUAUUUUGUAAAAAAAAAUGUAAGAAAGAGUAUAAUUAUUUGUCCGUCAGUCAGUCUCAUUUACGAAUGUUUUACGACAUCAACCUUGUGUAUAUUUGUGUACAUGUACAGCAAAAAAAGCAUUUCAUGAAUGGAAAUAUGUUCUCUGAAUAUUUAUUUACUAAUAUAUUUAUCUCAAAGCCAUGUCUUAUGUUCAGAGUUUAUCGGAGAGACAACGGAAAUCACUUACGGGCGUAAGACUUUGUAAAUACGCGUGUGUUCACAAUUGCACAACAGUUGAGACGGGAUGAUUCAAUCUUCUGACCAAAACAACAACAAAAAAACAUUUGAGAAACUUUUGUAGCGUAGCAGACUGUUUUGUAAUUACCAGUGUACAAAGAUGUGUGUCAAAUAUACACUUUUAUUCAAGGAA